GUGGCCCCGAGUGAUCGUCGGGACGCCUCGGUCGCGGGUGAUCGUCGGGUCUCCGCGGACGCGGGUCGCCGGGGCGAGUCGGGGCUCCCCACCCUCCCCGGGCGCCUCGCAAGGCCCAGGCGGCGGGCACGAUGAACCUCCUGGCGCCGGUGCGGAGGGACCGCGUCCUGGCCGAGCUGCCCCAGUGCCAGAAGAGGGAGGCCGCUCUGCACGUGCACAAAGACUUCCAUCCCCGAGUCACUUGCGCCUGCCAGGAGCACCGGACAGGCACCGUGGGCAGAUUUAAGAUUUCCAAGGUGAUUGUGGUGGGGGACCUGUCUGUGGGGAAGACGUGUCUCAUUAAUAGGUUCUGCAAGGACACCUUUGAUAAGAAUUACAAGGCCACCAUUGGCGUGGACUUCGAAAUGGAACGAUUUGAGGUGUUAGGGGUCCCCUUCAGCCUGCAGCUUUGGGAUACCGCUGGCCAGGAGAGGUUCAAAUGCAUUGCAUCAACCUACUACCGAGGAGCUCAAGCUGUCAUUAUUGUCUUCAACCUAAAUGAUGUGGCUUCUUUGGAACAUACCAAGCAGUGGCUGGCAGAUGCCCUUAAGGAGAACGACCCCUCCAGUGUGCUGCUUUUUCUUGUGGGUUCCAAGAAGGACCUGAGUACUCCUGCUCAGUAUGUGCUAAUGGAGAAAGAUGCCCUUCGUGUAGCCCAGGAGAUGAAGGCGGAGUACUGGGCAGUCUCAUCUCUCACUGGUGAAAAUGUUCGGGAAUUCUUCUUCCGUGUUGCGGCACUGACCUUUGAAGCGAAUGUGCUGGCUGAGCUAGAAAAAUCAGGAGCCCGGCGCAUCGCAGAUGUUGUCCGCAUCAACAGUGAUGACAGCAACCUCUAUCUAACUGCCAGCAAGAAGAAACCCACCUGUUGCCACUGAGACAGGAGGGGACUAUCCAGAGACCCAUCCAACCCUGGUCUUAGCACUGACUCAGUUUUCAGACCAAAGAGCUGCCCCUCAGUGACCAGUACUCAGGGGGGUAUUGGGACCAUACUAGUCACUUCCUGCCUUAAGGCAUCAUGCCAAAACUUUGAUGGCGCCCCCUUUUCUAGGGCUUUUCAGGCUUCCUAGCAAUGGGAAGCAACCUGGUGACUUUGCUCAGCCUCCUGGGCCUUUUAGAUAUGAGAAUACCUGAGGAUUCUAGCCUCACAUUGUGCCUUAUGCAUUAAAAUCUAUUAUUCACAA